UCCAUCCAUCCCGCGCAGCCAUGCGGUGCCCGCCGCCGCCCGCGCUGCCCCGCGUCAGCCUGCUGCUCUGCCUGCUGCUGCCCGCGCUGCCGCUGCCCCUGCCGCUGUCCCUGCCCCGCCGCAGGGAACCCCCCGACCGGAGACCCCUCGUCCCCGUGGGUACCCGGCACCGGGAAGAGCCGACGCUGGAGCUGUCCCCGGCUGAUGCGGCGAGGGGUGUAGGGGGCUGGAAGGAGCCCCCAGCGCUGCCCCCCAUUGCCCCGCAGCUCGGCCACGAGUCCCGGACUGGCGGGCGGCGCGGGAAGCGUCACGCCGCCCGCUUCCACCACGGCCAGCUCAUGCGUGUGGGCUGCGUGCUGGGCACCUGCCAGGUGCAGAACCUCAGCCACCGCCUCUGGCAGCUCAUGGGCCAGUCGGGGCGCCAGGACUCAUCCCCCAUGAACCCCAACAGCCCGCACAGCUACGGGUGAGGCUGUCCCGGCGCCGCCUCAGACCAGCGGACUGCCCCGGGCCGCCAUCGCGUCUCCUACCCCUUGUGUAGGAUCCUUCACUAAAGAGCUUCCAGACACACGAGCCCCGGUUUCUGCUUGCUGUGUCUUCUGGGCCCAUGGGCACGUCCCCAGCCUGGGGGACCCUGCAGAGGAGCCCCGUAGGCUGCCGGAGGGGCGGCUGCAGAUGAGGAGGAGGAGGAGGAGGAGGAGGAGGAGGAGGAAGGUUGGGAUGGGGGGAAGGCGGAUCGUGGCUGGCUCAAGCCCUGGGGGAGAGGGGUAAAGCCAAGGGCCUGGCUGCACAGGGGAGUGGUCCCUGGGCUUGUCCUGAGCUCCAGGUCACGACUCCCCUGCUCUGCCCCUCACCUGCGGUGGCUGCAUUUCGGCUGGGGGCUGCAGCGGCGGGGCCAUCCCACCCCCUUGCCAGGACGCGAGCGUCCGUCAUGCAACUGGAGGCGGGAGGGGGCCUGGUCUUGCCGCCCGCAGGACACUGACCCCGGGUCCAAGGGGCGCCCAGGGCCGCGCUGCAUCCUGCUGACUGCAGCAGCAGCAGCCGGCGCUUGUGCAAGUGCUUAGCCGAGCAGAUAGCGCCGGCCGGGAUGGGGCUGGCCCCUGGCUGCUGCGGCCUCUGAGUCAGCAGCUUCCCUGCCCUGGCACGGCGCUGCCGGGAUUCGUGGCGGGAGCGGGGCCCAAUGCCCCAUGACCCCCUCUUUGCCCCCCGCACGGCUUGAUACAACCACACCGCGCUGGUGAAGGGGCUGCCAGCUGAGCUGGGCGCUCCUCGGCUUUCCCCGGGACACAGGACAGGACAGGACAGGAUGCCGGGUCUGCUGCGUCAGCCCCUGGCCCCCUCCAUCCUGGCUCGGCUCGGACUCAACGCUAUUCACAGGCUCCUGCAGAGCUGCUCCCUGCCCACCUCCACUGGCUCCGGCUGCCUCGGGGCCGCCCUGUGCCCAGCCCUGCCUUGCUGUGGCACCCGUCCUUGGGAGAGAUCCUGCUGCCUGGGAGCGUCUGGGGAUGGACUGGAGACGCACGUCGCACCAGGACCCUCGCCGUAUUCCCUGCCUGGGAGGCACGACGCGCUGUGCUGAAUGCAUCUGGAGCUGGCCAGACGGCUCGCCGACAGGGGCAGAUGUAGGAUUUUGAAAAGGGGGCUGCAGAGGGCGAGGGGCAUUGGUGCAUAUAGCACAACACAUGUUUUUCUCCCGUUUAAAAAUAAACUAGAAGCUUUACUAACA